AUGUCAUCUCGAAUUCGUUGUUAUUUAAUUGAAAAACAGUAUGGUCUCAUAUUUAAUAUCGAUGAUAUUCGUUUAUUACGUGAAAAAUAUCGUAUUAUUGGUUGUUUUACGGGUAGUUCAGUUGCUUUUCCUAGACAAAAUAAUGAAUUAAGUAUACCAUUAGAAUUAUCAAUUGAAGAAUGUUUUGUAUUAUUAAAUCAAAAAUUAAUUCAAUUAUUUGAAUUAAAAACUUUUUCACCUAUCACUGAUCAAAAUCGUUUAACAUAUUUGAAACAUUUAGAAUUAGAUUGUCAACAACAAAUGAUUAAUUCAAUUAACUCACGUAUUAAUGAUAUGCUUAGUAAACGUCAAUUUAUAUUAGAAAAUAGUCAAAUGUUAUCAACAAUUGAACAAGAUGAAGAAGAAGAAGAAGAAUCUGUGAAUAAUUUAUUAACAAAAUUUGAUUCAACUUUUGUACAAAUAUUAAAUACAAAUAAUUCUUGGUUAAAUUGUCAACAAUCAUUAACUAUAAAAGAAAAACUUAUUCUAUUAAAUGAAUUUAAAAAUCGAAAUAAAAAAUCUUCACUAGAUCCUCAUACACAUACAUUAGUUGAAAUUCCAAUUGAAUCUUAUCGUCAACAUGAGUUAAUUCCUAUAUUAGAUAUUUUAAGUGAUUUAUCAUUGAUAAAUAAUAAUGAUAAAAAAUUAAGAUGUCAUGUAUUUCAAGAUUUAUGGAUAAAAGGAUAUUUUAUCAGUAAUGGACAAAAAUUUGGUGGAGAUUUUUUAGUAUAUACCAAUGAUCCACAUAUAUGUCAUUCAACAUUUAUUAUACAUUGUAUUCAACGAACGACGACCGCUAAUCAAAUACCAUUAAUAAGUUUGAUAGCAAAAGGACGUCUAGCAUCAAAUGUUAAUAAAACGUCUGUGAUAGCCACAUAUAAACAAUCGAUUACUAUCGAUGAUGAUGAGAAAAUAGACUAUUUGUCUAUUAAUUGGACUGGGAUCUGA